AUGAACAUUGCGAACAUUGAAAUAAAACAUGCAGCAACAUCGACGAACUCAACAAUCGAUUCUGUCGUCACCGAACCACGAUCUACCAGCAGUAGAAAAGAUAAAAUUGAAUUGAUUAAAAUAAUAUCAGCCAUACUUGUGCCGUUAAUGAUUGGCGUUUUUACUAUUGUAACAACGAUUCAAGAAUUGAAAUCAAAUAAGCAAGCCCGUGACCAAGAAUUACUCAUUUUUCAUUUACAACAUGAACAAAAUAAAGAUCUAGCGGACAAUGCACAAAAACAGACUAUCUUAAAUGAAUAUCAGUCAUUCCUUGCCAAACUAUUACGGGAAGAUGGUAUUCAACUGGAUGGUAAUAAAGCUUCACGUUUAGUUACCAGAUAUCGAACGUUGACUGCUUUAGCGCAACUCGAUCCGACAAGAAAAGUAUUUCUAUUUAAAUCUUUAUAUGAAGCAAAGCUAAUAUCAUAUAAAAAAUACAACGCAACUCACAAUGAAAAUCCAGUUAUUGAUCUAUCUUCUGCUGAUUUAACGAACGUUUAUCUAGAACCUUCAUCAAGUUCGAUAAUGGACUCUUCUGUUUACGAACAAAUGGAUUUAAGUGGAGUCAAUCUAAGAAAUGCAUCACUAAGUAGACUUCGUUUUUCUAAUGUUCGAUUUCGAGGUACGGCGAUGGACAUGGUCGAUUUGCGUUACACAUUUGGGACGUCUGUUGACUUUUAUGAUUCAUCAUUAAAUCAAGCAACAUUUUACAAAGCCGAAUAUAAAGACACAAUCUUUCGAGAAGCAAGAUUGAAAAAUGCAAAUUUGACACGAUUUAUAUGUAAGGACUGUCUUUUUAUGGAUUCCGAUCUAGAAAAUGCUGUAUUUUCUGAUGGAAAUUAUUAUUAUGGUGACUUUCUCGGCGCCUCAAUGAGUAACUGUAUAAUGGUCAAUGCAUAUUUUCUCAAUUCUUCGUUUGCCAUGGCUGACUUUAACGGUUGUACAAUGCAUAAAGUUGAGUUUGUUGAUUCAGAUUUUCAAAGAGCAAAUUUUCAAAAUAUUGAUCUAACUGAUGGCAUGUUUAUAAACUGUGCGGUGCACGAUACAGAUUUUCGUAAUUGCACAAUGAUUCGAACUGAGUUGAGCGGCUCUACUUUUAGACGUGCCAAUUUUGAAGGUUGUACUGGACUUACAGAUGAACAGUUGAAACAAGCAAAGACGUUAGCCGGAUCAACACUACCAAAUGUUCAACAAUUAUUACAUACAGGUGUAGCCAAUUUAGAACGUAUAGCAUCUGGUUUACCACAUGAAGAUUUAUGUUAUGGUGUUUGGUUAGAUUUUAAUUUAGUGUCAAUGAGAACAGAAACAAUAGGAAAUAAAUUAUAUGAAUUAAGAAGUAAUCUAGAAUUACAACGAAGUCGAGAACGUGUUAAAGAACUUGAAGCACAAUUUGCUCAACUUUAA